CUACAAGCCUACAGAUUUCUGUAACUACUCCAAAAUUUCCAUAUUACCAUGAAGACGCAAUGUAUCAUACUGGUCGUAACUUCGUUAAUCCAAAUAUGCCAGCCUCAAGAUUAUGGUUAUAUAGAUGACAUUCCCAUAGAGAGUUACGAUCAUGGCGAUCAUCAAGAAAAUGAAAUGGAUUUAGAAUUAUUACCUGUGCGGCACGGGCGAUCGUUUUCUUUAGAUGAGGAUUCAGAAAAACAAUUUUUCAGGUCUAUGAAAUCAUUCGACGAUUUAGAUGAGUCCAGAAAUUUCGACUUCCAUCAAAACAAUCCAAGACAUUCAUUCCACCUCAGAGAGAGGAAUAAACGAAAUACUCCUUCAAGCUUAGGGUCAUCUAAAAAAAGCUCUUCACUGAUUGCACUCGUAAAAAGUCUGGGAAAGCCAUUGGAAAUUACUGCGUUGGAUACUAGGAAUUUAACUGAAAAAGAAGAUAAGGCUGAGAAUAGAAUGACGUCCGAGGAAAAUAAGGACUUAGAUGAUGUUGGUAUUAAUGAUUUUAUUAGAUUUCGAAGAUCCACUAACGAUAAUUCUGAAAUCAAAUCUAGAGAUUUAACAAAUGAACCUCAAAAAUCUAAUCCGCUAUCCGAGAAACUAUUCAUGGAAAUUCCAAGUGAGGAUUCAAAUAGGGAAGCUCGUGGUGCCAUUAAAGAACAUUGGGCAAAACAAGUGUAUCCUGUAAGGAAAAGUGAUGAACUUACAUUCGAUGACAGUUUUCCUUUAUCAAGUGAAAAUGCGAGAACACCCCGGGUACAUUUUGUCACUCAAAAAUUCGCUGAUAAUAGACUUGCUCCAUCUGAUAGAAGUGAUAGAUCUUAUGACAGAGAACCUCGAUCUAGGCAGUUAGACGAGCCUCCAAGGGAGUUGACGAAGGAAUUUGAAAGGGAUAUUGAAAGACAAAAUCCAUACAAUGAAAGAAUAUUUAGGUCGUUUAGUCAACCUAGAAGCAUCCCACCGAUUUUUAGAGACGACUUGUAUCCUAGAUAUGAUUUACAUAAUUACAGAGGAGAUGUUUAUCGUCCACGAUAUGAAAAUUAUGAGAGAACCAGAAACGAUUACAGUUUUUCAGGACAAAAGCCCCAAAAACGUAUAAUUUAUUACGCCACCCUGCCCGAAAUAUCCCGAAGUCCCCCAAAUCUAGAUUUGAGGGACCGCUACAGAUACGAUCGUGACAGGUACGAUGACAGAUACUUAAGUGACCCGUAUAGAUUUAGGAAAACUUAUCCCAAGUUACGAUAUGAAGAUGAAGGUAAAAGUCCUUAUCCAGUCAAAGUAUUGACCGAUGUGAAUGUAAGGGAAGUUAAGAAAAAUCCCGAAAGAAGGAUUUAUUCUAAAGUCGAUAGGACCAGAUAUGCAUACAAUACUCCACCCUAUCGAGCAGCUGAUGGGUAAAAUAUAGGACUUUAUAAAAGUUUUUGGAAAAAAGGACAUUAAGUAGGGAACGUAUUUUUGGUUAAAUUUAAGCUUUAAGAGAGGAACUUAUCAACUCAUUAUGGGGAUAUUAUUUAUUUUCCAUUACUAACUAAUAAACUAUCUUUAAUUGUAUAUUUUCUAUGUGCUUAAUAAAAGGAAUUCUCGUUUUUUUUCCAUUUGUUUUAGGAAUUACCUUAGUACCUACUUAGUUAAGUUUCAUAUUCCAAUAAUAUAAAAGAUGUUCGAAGGUUUUCUUAUUCUUAUUGAAGAAUCAUUUUGUUAAGAAUAAAAUUAUUUGAGUACAA